AUGUCCAGUUCAGCUCUUCAAGUGUAUGGUGGUGAUGAGAUUACUGCUAUAAUCAUUGAUCCAGGAUCUUUUAAUACCAAUAUUGGAUACUCUGGUACUGACUGUCCUCAGGCAAUACUACCCUCUUGCUACGGUCAGUACAUAAAUGAUGAGGAAAAGCCUAGUCUUUUUAAUGAACAAUCUAUUGGAUUGCCCAGAAAAGAUUAUGAGAUCAAAGAGAUUGUCAGAUCAGGUGAGGUUGUUGAUUGGGACAAGGCUCAAGAACAGUGGGAAUGGGCGAUAAAAUCUGUACUUCUGUUUGAAUCAAAUAAAGGUCUUCCAGCGUUGUUAACGGAGCCAAUUUGGAACUCUGAAGAUAACAGAAAGAAAUCAUUGGAGGUGUUAUUGGAAGGAAUGGAUUUCGAAGCAUGUUACUUGACACCAACUGCUACGGCUGUAUCAUUUGCUAUGGGCAGACCUACUUGUUUAGUUGUUGAUAUUGGGCACGACAUUACAAGCGUCAGUCCUGUAAUAGAUGGCAUGACCCUUUCUAAGAGUUCCAUGAGGAGUUUUAUUGCAGGAGGCUUGUUGAAUGAGCUCAUUAGAACGAGUUUAAAACCGAGAGAGAUUCUCCCUUUGUUCCAAGUAGCUAAGAAACGUCCAGAGUUUGUUAAACGUUCAUUUGAUUAUGAAAUCCAUCCAUCUCUACUGAACUUUGUAAAUGAGCGGCAAUUCUUCCAAGAGUUUAAAGAAACUAUGUUACAAGUUGCGCCUACUUCUUUAACAAAAUUUAAAUCAGAAUUAGAACAACUCAGCAAGAGAUCUAUCGAAGCACCCUGGGGUGAAGACCUUGUUUUCGACAGUGAAACGAGAUUCAACAUUGCUGAACAAUUAUUCAGACCAGAAACUGCUAAGUUCCCAGAAGAUUGGCCAAUAUCUAAAGAUGGAGUUGUAGAAACGUGGCAUAACGAUUAUGUUCCACUGAAGAGAAAUAAACCAGGUGCCAAUUCCAAAGAGAAAGAAGGAACUAUAGAUGCCACACCUGUUCCAGAUGAAAACAGUGUUACGCCUUCGGAACAUUUAAAUGAUCAAGGUAAAAGGUCUUUAGAAGAUGAUACGCCUGAAGCGAAAAAUGAAAUAUCUGGCCUUGCCGAUUUGAUUCACUCUUCGAUCAUGUCAACCGAUGUAGAUCUACGCACCACACUAGCUCACAAUGUGGUCAUUACUGGAGGUAGCUCUUCUAUUCCAGGGUUGACUGAUAGAAUAUUAGCAGAGCUAAACAAGUCUUUACCUGCAUUGAAGUUUAGAAUGCUCACUUCUGGCCAGGCAAGGGAAAAGCAAUAUCAAUCAUGGUUAGGAGGAAGCAUAUUAGCAAGCCUAGGAACUUUUCAUCAGCUUUGGGUAGGGAAGCAGGAAUACGCGGAGGUAGGUGCUGAUAGGUUAUUGAAAGAUAGAUUUAGGUAA